UGAGGAGCAAGAUGGCGUCAGCAUCAGAGCACCAGGGGCCUCCAGACAGCGAACUGGACGAAUUAUUAGACAGUGCUCUUGAUGAUUUCGACAAGACCAGUGUGCCACCUGUGGCCCCUGAAGCCCCCUCUGAUCUUGAUGCCGGUGCUAAGAGUAACGAGAAGCCUCCGCUACUGGAGGACAGUAAGUUUUUUGAGUCCCUUUUUGAGGGUGAGAUGGCCAAUCAAGCACGUGAGGAGUGGGAAAAAGCCAUGGCUGAGCUAGCGCAAGAAGAACCUGAUCUUCUACAGCAUUUUCAUAAGCUGUCUGAGGCAGCAGGAAAAGUUGGCACAGAUGUAGCUUCACAACAAGAGUUCACCUCCUGUCUUAAAGAGACCCUUAAUGGCUUGGCAAAAAAUGCAGACAACUUGCAGAGUGCAGGACUGGCCGGAGAUGAUCUGGUAAAAACCCUGGAGAACAUGGGAUUGAAUGAAAAUGGGGAGGCUGGUGGAGAAGAUGGCAAUAUUCUGCCAAUUAUGCAGUCCAUCAUGCAGAACCUUUUAUCCAAAGAAGUUCUGUACCCUUCUCUUAAAGAGAUAACAGUCAAGUACCCUGAAUGGUUGGAGAGCAACCGGCAGUCACUUCCUUCUGACCAGUUCACACGGUAUGAGCAACAAUACAAGGUAAUGGGAGAGAUAUGCAACCAGUUUGAGAAAGAUGAAGACAAAGACAGCGCAUUUGAAAACAUUCUGGAACUCAUGCAAAAGCUGCAAGACUUGGGUCAACCUCCAAAAGAGCUUGCUGGAGAGGCUCCUCCUGGCUUGAAUUUUGACCCAGAAGCUCUGCAUCUUCCUGGAGCACAAGGGCUUCCCGGAGCAGACCAGUGCUCUGUCAUGUGAUCUCAGUGAGGUCAAAAUUACUGUACGUUUGGAAACGAUACAAUUUGGAGCUAAUUAUCUGAACCUGAUUUGGACACAAAUGAUCAUGCUCCCCUUUUAAAGGAGUUUGUGUCUGAAACUGAAACUGUGAACGCUUACUACUUUAAUUUUACCCUGUAGUUGUUGUGCACAGAGGUUCUUUUCAUAUCCAUCGCUAAUCCAUUCAUAAACUCACAGUAGAAGCAGCUCUUAUUGUUUUGAGUGAAGCGUGAUAUUUCAAAGUGAUGGCAGAUGGUUAAGUGCUAGAAUUGAAAUCUGGAUUUGUAAAGAUUUUACACCUUCAAGCACAUUUGACUGGAUGUAAGGUGGAAUUCAUUUAGGAAAAAGUACAAAUGUAUAGAGCUCAGAGUGACAGGUAAUGUAUUUCCUUUGAUUAGUUUCAUUUUACAUCUUGAUCUCAGAGGAAUGGUCAACGUUCACAGAUGCUCAUCCGUUUCCACUCUUUUAAUAUCUGUAAUUAGUCAGUGACCAAAAUAGAUUUAUAGUAAAAGACACUUAGGAUUCAGGAUUAUAAUCGCGAUAUAAUUUUAUUGCCCCAUAGACUGCAUUUGUAAUUAGAAUAAUUCUCUCUCCUUUUGUCUUCUAACAUAUGCUGUAUUUGCCUGAAUAUGAGCAUUAUGAAGUGGUGAAUUGCCAUGUAGAUUUCAAUAAUUCCCAUUAUUCCUGUGAUAGUGCCUCCGUGUGAUGUGCUAUUGUCACAAUAGUCCUAAUUUGCCUUGAUUAAAGGAAUAUUUAAAUGAUACAUCGUGUUAACAUUAGAAAAACAAAAAAUAACUCAAGUGUGCAGUCAUUUGCUUUUGAGGGGAUGUUUACAUAAUUUUGUGCAAACUUGUGAAUGCAUUGAAAUAGGAUGCUUAAGCAGGAUCAAAUGCGUAGCUGGUCAUCAAAUUUCUUCCCUAACACAUGCUGUUGGAAGUUUAUUUGGUGUGAUGUUAUGUUAGUAAUAAAGAUUUUAAGAAGGUAAGAAUACAGAUGAACUGGACUAAAAUAAGUAACAGUUAAAACACUCAGGGGUUGCUCGCACACCCAAGCACUUGAAUCAGCUCAUCCAUAUUCUUUAUCCCAAUCAAUGUUCUGUUGAUCUUGUCAUACCCGACUAUUAAAGAUCUGCAAUUCUCAAAAAUGUAAAUAAAUGUUUAACCAUGCCUUGUUUUAUAUUAUUUACCUGCCCCAUUUUAUUCCUGUUACAUACUGUAUCAAAUUAAACUAUCACCACUGUA